AUGCCAUCAGAGCAAGAGCUUCUCACUUUUGCUGCAGCUGUGCAGUAUUACCAAGAAGACACUUCACAGCACACCUUGUUUGAUGCGGCGUGUUAUGCAUUCCUUGCAUUCGAUCAAGCAAGCCCUCCUAGUGCCCGUCUCACGGUCCUCUACAUCCUCUACGGCCUUUAUGCAGACCUUCCUCUCGAAAAGAACCCUUUCUUGGCCUUUUUUAUAGAUCUAAUUGACGGUAACGACAAACCUAAUGCCGAUGAUGAGAAUGACGAUGUCAAACGCAAUCAAAACGACGAUAGAGAACUCGAGCAGCACUUUGUCUACUGUAUUCUUGAAGGCACAAUUCAACAUGUAAAGGAUCUUGUUCCUCAGUCAGUGUGUGAUGAUCCAAGUACACUACCUCCAAUUCACCACUUUGCUGAGCGUCUCACUCAACUAAAGACAUGCGUAUCUACAUUAGUGGAUGACCCCUGUGGUGAAAAGAGAGUUUCAAAAACUAUCAACAAACCAAAAGAUACCAAACAAGCGAUCCAAUCAGGCUAUGUAAAUCAAGUCGAAUAUUUGUCACAGCAAAUGGAAAAGGUUCUUAUGCACGCUUUUCACACCCACCCUGAAGUAGUAGAUAUUUGUGGUCUAAAGCCAGAGUAUUUGCCUCGAUGGAUUGAGCUCAAUUUAUUACUAGCUUCUGAUAUUACACCAAUGUUUCUCAAACGACCAAAUUUUGAAGAAUAUCUACAGGCAUUGUUGAAUGUUCCUGUCUCUGGUCAUUCAUUAGAUGUCAUUCAUCAUCUGGUAACCUGCGCCAACCCAUGCCACCUCCCAAGUGAAUUUCUUCACAUGUAUAUUUCAAACAGUAUUCUUUCAUGUGAACUUUUAGCCAAAGGACCCUGGCAGGAUCGUCAAGUCAAGCUGGUUGCUAAAUUUAUUCAAUCUUUGUUGGAGAAAAAGAUAAUCAGAAUGUCAGAAUACCUGGUUGAAAUACAAUCGUUCUGUGUUGGUUAUCUUCGUUUCAAAGGAGUCGCAGUACUGUUCAGAAUGGUCUCUAGUGAGGCUCAAAAAGCAGGAUACGAAAUUGGUAGAGCAAGACCCACAGAACAAAAACAACAACAACAACAACAACAACAACAACAACAACAGCUGGCAGGACCCAGCUCAUCAAAUGUAUCCCGUCGAUCGGUUGUCUAGAGAAUUUUUAUUGUCUAGUUUACCUUUUUGUUUUCUUUAAUUUUAUUAUUUUUAUUAUUAUUAUUAUUAUUAUUAUUUAUUUCUGCUGAUAUCAGAAUCAGAAUCAGCAUCAGCAUCAGUGUUAUUAUUCUAAUCAUUAUCAUUUACUUACUUAUUCACUUACUUAUUCACUUACCUACUUACUUACUCAUAUACAUUGGUAGUAAAUUAAACCAUUAACAACUGAGUCCAUAUAUAUUAGAGGAGAUUGAUCUAAUAUACAAACAGGAAAAUAAAACAAAAAAUAAAAAUGCCCAUUUUAUUACAAG